AUGUCAAUCUCAGCAGCAGCCGCCUACAGCGCGGCCGCUCGGUUGCAGCAACAGCAGCAGCCAAAUACUCUCGGCGAUGUAACAAACAGCUUUCCGACACCAGCAGAGGCCGCAGCUGCAUCCACAUCUGCGGCUGAAACGGGGAGCAGCGGUAGCAAAGACUCUGGGCGGAGCAGUACCGCGUCAUACACCCCAACAGCGUUGAGUCGUUGGUCGCUGCUGAACGACAAGCUACCAGCAGCGAACACCAUCCGGAACAUUCACAUUUACGACUUUGACAACACCUUAUUCAAGACCCCAUUGCCAAACUCGAAACUAUGGAACGCGGCGACAAUAGGCUCCUUGUCGAACAACGAUGUGUUCAUCUCUGGUGGCUGGUGGCAUGACGUGCGCAUCCUGGCGGCGACGGGCGCAGGACGUGAGAUUGAAGAGCCCCGGGCGUGGCAGGGUUGGUGGAACGAACAAGUGGUGGAGCUGCCUGAUGCGCUUUGCGUGCUGCUGACAGGCCGGUCGGAGCGGGGAUUUGGCGACCUGGUGCAGCGCAUGGUCAACAGCAAAAAGCUUGUUUUCGACAUGAUCGCACUCAAGCCGGCGGUGGGCCCUAACAACGAGCGCUUUUCAAGCACAAUGCAGUUCAAACAGGCGUUUCUGGAGGCCGUCAUGGAAACGUAUGCAGCCGCAACUGAGAUUCGCAUCUACGAGGACCGGCCGCGCCACGUCGAAGGUUUCCGCGAAUUCUUGGUCCAGUACAACGAGAAGCGCGAGAAGCGGUCCGUGGGCCCACUGCCUCCCAUCGCGGGUGAGGUGGUUCCUGUGACUGAGACAGCGACGACGCUGGACCCGGCCAUUGAGGUGGCCGAGGUGCAGCACAUGAUCAACUGCCACAACGAAGCCGGUGGUGGAAAGCGUGGAAUGCUGGCCCUGAACAAGACGGUGUUCUUCACUGGGUACCUGAUCAAAGACGCGGACACGAAGCGGCUUCUCGAGCUCUUACAGCUGCCACAGCCCCUCAACCGCCGGGAUGUCAAGUAUCAUGCUAACAGCAUCAUGAUUGGCCCACGGGUAUGCUCUCCGUUUCUGUUGGCUAAGGCCGGCGGCAUGGGUAACAAGAUGACUUGGCGCGUAGAAGCCAUUGGGAGUGUCGACAAUAGCGUUUGGGCUGUCAAGGUUCGUCCAGCGACACCCGGCGCCACAUACCACACGGCCGAAGCUACGCCGCUUGUUGUCCUAGCUGUGUACCGCACCGCUCGGCCGCACGAGGCAUCGCGCAUCCGGAAGUGGGCACCGGUGGCGGCGGAUAAGGUGUUUGACUUUGAGACCACAGUUGGCGAGAAGGCGAUCUUGCGCGUCGAAUCCGAGCACACGGGAGAUGCGGGUAACCAAGAGGAUCAAAAUAAACCGCCUCCAUUCAAACGCCACCGCGGCAGUGCUGGAGCGAGACCGUACAACAACGGUGCAGCGAAUGCUCGACCAAGGGCGAAUCCCACGGGCAGCUUCCCAACACAACCGGCGGGAUUCGUUCCCCCACGGGGCCCCAGUGGUCAAUUUGGGUCACAAGGUGGCAGCCAGGGCUACCAUUCCCAGGCGCCCGGCCGCGGAGGGUUCCGAGGUGGGUUCCAUAGCGGCCGCGGCAACUUCCGUGGUGGCGGCUCUGCGAUGCGUGGAGGACCGCGCAGAGCGGGGACACAGGGCCAUACUGACCCUGGUGUCGCUGCUAGUAAGGCGGCCGGGCGGUCGACAGGCUAUUACAACUACCAGUCUCUCGACGAUGCUGGGUCGUCGUCCAACCAAGCGCCGUCUAGCAAUGUGCCCCAAAGACAGAAGAUUGUCUAUGACGACACACUGUAA